CUGCCCCCCCUUCGCGCCCUGGAGGCUGGUUCCCGCCUUUCUCUUUUCUCCUCGCCUCCCUGCGCGCACCUGCCAAGCCCGUGCAGAGGAGGAGGCAAGGCGAGUCCGAGACAGGGCGAGCCAUCGCGAAGACUGGACGCCCGCCCGCAGGGAGGGAGGUUGGCUGCCCGCCGCGCUGAUAGCAGCCCAUACCCUGCGGACCGAGGGGAACAUGUGAGCUCCCCCCAGGGACCAGUUCGGAGUGGAGCGACCAGCGCAGCGCCGCCUCUGCUCCCGCCGCCAUGGGGCUCCCCCUGCUGCUGGGGCUGCUGUUCUCCCGAACCGGAGGCCUUCUUCCUCAGUCCAUUGAACAGCCGAACAGCUGCAUAACAGCCGAGAGACUUUGUCUCGCUGACCCUGCCUGCAAUGCCACCUAUCAGAUUCUGGAAAACUGUUCCCGUUCCUAUGCUAAGAACAGUUUCUUAAUUCUGGACCACGGAGCCAGGAACAAAUGCCUGCAGGCAGAAACCAUGAUCAGAAAUAGCCAUUUUCAGGAAUGCAAGUGUCAGCGCCGCACUCAAAGACAGGAGGAACAGUGCCUGCGCAUCUACUGGACUGUUCAUUCCACUGUCUCAGAAGGUGACUUUAAUUUGGAGAUGUCUCCCUAUGAGAAUGUAGUAAGUGAAGAGUCCUUGAAGACCAACUAUAACAAGCUGGCAACUCAGGUUUCAGGGUCUCAUUUAGCUGGGGACCACACAAAUCCCUGCCUGCAAGUUGCCCAGGUUUGCAGCCUGAAUCGUAGGUGUGGACGUCUUCGCACAAUGUAUGUUGCUAACUGCAGCCCGAAGGAUGGGCACCCCUGCAAUCAACGCAAAUGUCACCAAGAACUGAAGCACUUCUUUGGGAAAGUCGAUAUGGAUUUCACAAAGAGGUUCCUCUUUUGCCCCUGCCAAGAUGAGUUCUGUGGAGAGCGACGCCGGAAAACGAUUGUCCCAGAUUGCUCUUUCCAGAACAGUAGUAAACCAAACUGCCUUGUCCUGUUGGAUUCAUGCCUGAAAGAUUAUAUUUGCAAAUCCCGACUGGCUGACUUCCAAGAACAAUGCAAGCCCUCAAGCUCUUCCUCAGAUGGCUGCUUUCAGCACAACCAUGCUACUUGCCUGGAGGCUUACAUGGGGAUGAUUGGGACACCCAUGACCCCCAAUUACAUUAGCAAUUCCACUGCUGACGUCACACUGUGGUGUUCCUGCGAGAACAGUGGCAAUCACAAGGAGGACUGUGAGGAAAUCCUAAAUUUGUUUUCCAGCAACAGAUGUCUAAGAAGUGCAAUGCAGUCUCAGAUGGGCUUAAACCAGGUGAAUACAAAGGAUCAGGAGGAACUGCAGUUCAUAUCUUCCCCAAACAUCCAGGGUGAUGGCACCAGCACGGUUCUCACUGCAAAAAUGUAUUGGGAAUCUGUGAAGAAGACACAGCCAGAGGUUCUUAUGCAAAACAGACACUUAUUUUCUCAUUCUGUAUAUUCUGGAGAUCGGCUUUCUUUGUUCACUUUGACCUUGACACUGCUUCUUCUAUCGCUGGGUUCACCCUAACGUAGUACAACUGGCAUUGUUCAUUCCAUGCAGUUCUCCACAGAGAAGGGAAACAGGCUGUUGUUUCAUGCCAAAGAGAAAGCACUGGUCACCUGCAAGCCUUUUCCCAGUGUGAACCUUUCUGCCGGGACUCAAACGCUUCACUUGCAUGUCUGUGCCGCACAGGCACAGUUAUCUUUCCAGUAACACCAAGGAAAAAAGCAGGCAGACCAGAGUUUUUAGGGAACUGUUAAAAAAAAAAACAACCAGAAAUCAGAAUGAAUGUUUUUAGCUUGCUUCAAGAUGUUUUGGUUUUCAUUCAAGAGGAAAGGAAGAAAUCCACAUAUCCAACAUAUCUCGCAAGUGACAUGUUAUUUCUGGCUUCAGCAUUGCCUGAAAAUCGAGAUCAUCUGGACUCCUGCUGCUUUCCAGGCUCUUUGCAGGCUUGUCCAAAAAGCAUACAAAACAAAGCUGUCCUGAAGUAAGAGAGUAAUGCUAAAUAUUAGUGUCUGUACUUGGUCUAAUCUUUCAGUCCAGUCUCUCAUUACUGGCAAGAAAUGUAGCCCCUCUGAGCUAGACUGGGUUUCUGUAUCCAUCCUAGUAACAUAACCUUCCUUGUCCAACACAGGAGCAUUCCCUGCUUCUAUAGGAAUCAGCAUGCAGGCUUAUUGAGAUUUUACCUACCCUGGUUCCCUGGGCUUACUACACAUAGGGUUGGAUCCAGCUAGCUUCUCUGCAGGUCAGAAAGGAAGGGGAGGUCUCCUUUGACUGCCCAAAAAAGCUGUGCUGGGGAUCACAGGACCUGCUUGUACAAAAGCCAUGUGGGAUGGGGACAUUGAAUGUGAUUAAGUGAAAAAAGUCUGAAUCCAACCCUUUGUACAUACUUAUUUGAGCCACAGGGCAAGGAUCUUCUCCAUCUGGAAUGAACUAAUGUUCCUUUGUAUGCCCUUAUGUCUGUUCUCUUGUCCAUUAGACUUUUAUCCAGGGUCUUAUAAUAGUGGAUGUAAACAUCUGUGUCGUAUUAACUGCCAUUCUUUGGUACAGCAGUGUUGUAAUGUUAUGUUCCAGGUACAAGAUAAAAAGUUUACACCUCUUGCAUAUGAUCAUUAUCUUGUCUGCUGUCUUGAAGUUUUGGAAGAGAUGGCAAACUAAUCAUAACUUCUCUGGCAUUGUGGAAGGUGCAGUCAGUACUAUAUCACAUUUCUGUCUCAUCCCACAAGAAAGAUAGAUUUGGGUAUGGUUAUUAAGGUUUUAAAGCUAAAUAUCAUAUGUGAAAGAUUUGGGGAACAGCCUGUCUAUUUUGGCACUGUUCCUUUUGCCUUGGACCUUGAGAUGCUCAGGCAGGCUUAUAAAUAUUUUAAAUACAUUAAUUAGAUAAGUUCAAUAGUGACAGUAUUGCCUCUGCAUCCUAGCAUGCUUUCCUCGGUUUAUUCUGAUACUGCCUACCAGGAGGGACUCCACCUUAUUUCUGUAUGUAUUUACUGCCAGUACUAAACAGUGGGGUACAAUUUGCACAGACUUGGCAAUCCAUUCUGCAAUCCAAAUGGAGUUUUGUUCCAUCUCUUUAGUUAAGAUGAUUACAAGAGAAUUGUUUUCAUCCUAUGAAAUUCUGUUUGUAGCUUUUGUGACUACAAAUACAUUUGCAGUGCAAUCCUAAGCAGAGACGAGUUACACUCUUCUAAGCCUACUGAAAUCAGUGGAUUCAAGAAUGUGCUGUUAGAAGUAUUGGUGAGGGUUUUGAAUUGUUACAGCAAAAGUUAAUGUUGCCUUUUUAAAAAAGCAGUUGGGGUCAGCAAUGUUUUGCUUUUACUAGCACAGGAUAUUGAUAAGCCCAGGCAUUUGAAGUAUUGUGGGAAUUCGAUAUUUGGAAAACAGAUAGUAUGGAGCAGAAUACACUGAGGAUUUUGUCAACAGAGGCAAUUGUCUCCAAGGCUUUAGUAGGCCGGGCAAGUCCUGAAUGGAAAGUCAUGGAAAGAUGUAAAGUUAAACUUCUUCUGUAGAUGGGGCAAACAUGCUUCAUGAUAUAGUUUUCCAUACUAGUGCAGUUGAGAAUAGAGUAGUUGUUUUAAGAUUCCAAGAAUAUGGUCCAGUCCAUUGUAGGCAUAGUUCCUCUACAUGCAGGAACAGAGUUCUAUUGAAUCCUGUUUUACUUCCUUCUGCUUGUGUGAAGGCAAGCAGCAUGGGGGGCGGUGGUGCCAACUAGGAUGACUAGGAAGUUCAUGCAAGCUUUCCUACCCCGCCCCCCAUAUUCUCCCUCUCGCCUUAAUGUAAGUUACUCUUGCUUCAGAUUGCAAAUGAACUGCACUGAGCUGAUGUGGAGUGCUGAAUGGUGGUGAAGAAGUGUAUAUGGACCUCACCUGAGGAGCCUCUCUUCUAUGGAAAUAGAACACCAGGCUCUACUGAGUCCUGUUCCUCCACACAUGGGAGCUUGCUUCAUCCAGGUUGGAUUGGGCUGUGCUGCCAAUUUAUCUGUUUCCAGUCUUAACUCCCCCCCCCCUUUUUUGUUGUUGUUGUUGAUGCUGUGGCAUUUUUCCAGACUGGCCC